GUAUGAGAGCGACGAAUCUGUCAGUGGAAAGACAAGUUGUAAAAUUGGCCACCACCGGUUUAAAACUGAGCAGAAUGGCAGCCACUAAAACAUCUAAGGAACAAAAGUAUGACAGACAGCUGAGGUUAUGGGGUGACCAUGGCCAAGAGGCUUUAGAGAACGCCCACGUAUGUCUGAUCAAUGCCACUGCUACUGGCACAGAAAUACUCAAGAACCUGGUCCUGCCAGGAAUUGGUGCCUUCACCAUCGUUGAUGGCCACAAAGUUUCAGGGGAAGAUGUAGGGAAUAACUUUUUUCUCAGCAACAACAGCAUUGGAAAGAAUCGGGCCCAGGCUGCUACUGAGCUUCUCCAGGAGCUGAACAGCGAUGUGUCGGGGAAUUUUGUGGAGGAGUCUCCUGACAAACUCCUGGACAGUGAGCCAGAGUUCUUCCACAGGUUUAGCCUGGUGAUUGGAGUUCAGUUGCCUGAAAGCAUGUGUUUGAGGUUGGGCGCUGUCCUCUGGAACGCCAGCGUUCCCUUCCUCGUGUGCAGGACCUAUGGUCUCACUGGCUACAUGAGACUGGUGGUUAGAGAACACACAGUUGUUGAGUCCCACCCAGACAACGCACUGGAAGACCUGAGGCUGGACCAGCCUUUCCCUGAGCUCAAGCAUCACAUUGAGUCCUACGACCUGGACAGCAUGGAGAAAAAGGAUCACAGUCACACACCAUGGAUCAUUGUCAUCGCAAAGUACUUGGAGAACUGGAGAAGUGAACAUGAUUCUCAGCUACCAAAGAACUACAAAGAGAAGGAGGCCUUCAGAGAGCUCAUCCGGCAAGGGAUCUUGAAGAACGAACAUGGAGCGCCUGAGGAUGAGGAGAACUUUGAGGAGGCCAUCAAGAACGUCAACACAGCCCUGAACCCAACUAAGAUCACCAGUGCAGUAGAAGACCUCUUCAAUGGAGAGCAGUGCAAUAACAUCUCUGCCCAGACUCCACCCUUCUGGGUGAUGGCGCGGGCGGUGAGGGAGUUUGUGAGGAAUGAGGGGAAUGGCUGCCUGCCUGUGCGUGGCACUAUCCCCGACAUGAUCGCUGACUCACAGAAGUUCAUCAACCUGCAGAAUGUUUACAGGGAGAAGGCAAUGCAGGACGCUACGGUCGUGUCCAAGCACGUGGAGUCUCUCCUUCAGUCCGUUGGAAAGCCUACAGAGAGCAUUGCUGAACAGGAAAUCAAGUUAUUCUGCAAGAAUGCAGCCUUCCUCAGGGUGGUGCGCUGUAGGUCACUAGCAGAAGAGUACAGUGUGGAGACCUUCAACAGAGACGAAAUUACAUCCUGCAUGGAUAACCCAGACAGUGAGAUGGUUCUCUACCUCAUGCUCCGCUCCAUCGACCGCUUCUAUCAGCAGCACUCCCGUUACCCAGGUGUGUAUAACUACCAGGUGGAGGAGGACAUCAGUAAGCUGAAGGUGUGUGUGAAUAGCCUGCUGCAGGAGUGCGGUCUGAGCGUCAGCGUCAAAGACGACUACAUCCACGAGUUCUGCCGGUGUGGAGCUGCUGAACCCCAUACUGUGGCGGCCUUCUUGGGAGGUUCUGCAGCUCAGGAGGUCAUCAAAGUCAUCACCCACCAGUUUGUCCCAUUUAACAACACGUUCAUCUACAACGCCAUGGCCCAGACCAGUGCUACGCUCCAGCUGUAGGCUCCGCUGUCGGACCACGCUAGCCCUCCCAACCUUUUCUACUUUCCUGUACAAAGUGUGUGUGUGUGUCUAUGUAGAGUUUCAGUCUCCUAGCUCUAGAGCUCUGCUUUGUUUACGUUUAAGUAUGUUGUUGGCACCCAAGAAUGUUGUUGGUCACCAUAAAAUGUUUAAAACUUCCUAAAGAGUCAUAUGUGGCAUUUCAUACAUAGCAACAGUUAAAGGCUACCUUUGUGUGUUUGAAAACAAGAUAACAAGGUAGAUUGCGCAUAAACAGGCUAAGGGAACAUGCUAUCUAUAUUAUUAAGAUAUGUUGCCUGCCUCGGCAGAUGUCAUUCAACAAGUUACCACUGGUCAGCAUGUACUAGACAAUCCCGUGCUGUGUUGGACAAACCGGCAGUCAGGACAUCAUUAUAUCCCAGCCAUAUGGACGGUUGCUAUUGAAAGUGUUGUGAUUCACACAUAUACACACACAAACAUAUUAACAGACUCAGAAACGCAAGACAAACACACACACACACAGAAACAUUUUGACAGACUCAAAGAAACACACACAGACUGAUACAUACACUUUGCCUUUGAGGCUGCCGUUUUGGAGGAUGGCAGCAAAACAGCUCUGGCCUAAAUGACAUAAUCUGCCCGCGCACCCCCUGCCACCCACCUCCUGCCCGCGCCAACCUCCUCAUCUCCUGGUCCUGCUCAUAACUUGCUUUGACAAGCUGCCCCUCUAGUAAGCUGGCGUGGGCAGAUGCGGCAGGGGCCAGGAGAUCAGCCUGGUCGUGCUGUUGUGUUUUAUAAUCACUCGGGGCUGAAGGCAAGCAGACAUUUUGGCUGGACGACGGGCAGUCCAGACACGGACAUGCUGAUGCCUGCCUUCGCACAGGCACGAAGACGUAGAAGAGGCAGUUUUGUUAGUCUUUUGCUUGGAACGAUGUACGAUGCUGAAUAAAAAAACGAUGAUGGGA